UCCACGCUCCAGGAACGAAAAACCCACCGCUACGCCCACUCACACCCGCCGCCAUCCAGCCAUCCCACCGUCGAUCGAUCGAUCGGUCAACUGGACUUGUUGUUUCCUCCCCGUCGACUUCGAUACUUUCUUAAUUCAAUGAAGCUCGCCGUGAGACGUAUUCCACGGUUUGAAUACAUUUUAUCGCAACACCGAAGAUGAUGCAUUACACAGACGAGCUGUCGGAAAUGAGCCUCGAGUUGGCUGCGGGCCAUAACAUUGGCUUUGCCAUGCACAAAUACCUCUUGCUACAGAAUCAGCAUGAAGAGCUGCGGCAACAUAUGCACGAUCUCUGCCCGUCAUAUACUACGUCCUCUACGGCGGUGACAUCCCCUUCGGUCUCGCCAACCCGUUCGUUCACUGGCAGCCCGUCUAUGACGCUCUCGCCUUUCCCUUCCCGAAGCCACCGAAGAUCAUCGCUGUCGAUGAAGAACUCGGGGUACCGAUGCUCGCAAACACAGCUAGAGCCGGUACUGGACGAGUCGCUGAUCGAGGAAAUGGCAGCGGGAGAGCAGAAGCUCUUCGACGUGAACGAGGGCAUCAAACGAGCGCUGACGGAACUCCUGAACUGUGAGACCAUACGGAAGGACCAGGAAAUGCGAACGUGGGUGCAGACGCGGCUGAUGGAUACGGAGAGGGAAUUGCGCAGCGGUCGAAGACGGCGAAGCCAUGGCGGUUUCGACUAGGCGCCGGAAGCGCAAGUGCAUACGAAGGAGGGGAACAAUUGCUGCUACUGCUACUACUUGGGUAACUCCAAGAACGAAGAAACGAAAGGAAGAGAAAAGUACAGGGAAGAAAAACAAACUAACUAGACGGACGGACGGACGGUUCAAAGUUCGGGGUUUACAGGUUUUAAG